AUGAGAACGUUCGUUCUGGGAGCUCUGCCGAUAUUUAUAUCCCAUACAUGUAUCGACCACGUGUCGUUCGAAGACUUUGAACUUGCACUGCGAAGCGACGACGUCACCGAAGACCCGCAACUGCAGAAUUCACUGGCCACCAUGCUUGAGUCUGAGUUUAUGAUGCUCAAG